UCAAUCACAUUCUCUACAAGCAUCAAGAAAAAAAAGCAUACAAUCAAUAUUCAGAGCAUCAAGUGUGUUUAAGAGCAAAAGAAAAAUGAAGUCUGCUGCAGUUUUUGUGUUUGUGUCUCUACUUAUUGUUUAUGUACAAGGACAGGCCAGGCCCAGUGUAAGGAGGUGUUUGUGUCGGGGUCCUCUGGCGAAUGCAGUUCGUCGAAAACAUAUAGACCAGUUUGAAUAUUAUCCUGUUAGUGCAUCUUGUGAAAAUGUGGAAAUCAUUGUCAUUCUGAAGAACGGUGCAGGGAAAAAAUGCUUGAAUCCAAAAUCUGAAUUUACUCAGAAAUACAUCAAGGAAGCUUUAGAACAAAUGCGUGCUGGGUAAAUGUGACAUUACUGAACAUUAGUGAAAGAAAAGAGCACAGAGACAUAUUUAAAAUAUUUUAAAUGUUGUUAAAAAUUGUGUAUAGAUUUCUUAAACAUUUUAAAUUUACAAUUUAUUUAAAGACAAUGUUGUUUAAGAUUUAAAGGGUUUAAAAAACCUUUAAAAAUAUUAUUUGUAUAUUUACUGUACAUACUGAAUUAUAAUAAAGUCAGCACAUACUGUAA